UCUGCAGAUGGCAACAUAUAUGCCUGGUCUGUUAUUAGCAAGGGAGGAUUGAUUGGAAAGUUCAGGGCAGUGAAGGAUGAAGGAGCAGUCAUUACCACCAUGUCAACUGAUCCCAAUGACCAGAUAUUACUGACCGGGGAUAGUACCGGAAAGAUUUAUCAGUGGGACAUUAAGGCUUUUGGGUUUAAAAAACAGGCAAACAACGAGCCAUUUGAGGAUGUAAAUGGGUGGUGCGUGUCAUUGUGUCCACCUCCUCUGUUACACUCCUGGCAAUCUCACAUCACAGGGGUGGUGAGUGUUCAGUGUAACCCAACUUGUGAAAAGUUAAUUACCGCGGGGAACUGCAAUGUCUGUCUGUGGGAAAACACAGGAACCUACAUAGGCCUCUUUGGGAAAGACCAAUGGGGUCUCUCACAAAUCAGCCUUGAGGAGAAUGCUGAACAGGAGGAGACCGGCAGACCAAGCACAACAAAGACAAGCAACUUCCCAUUCGAAUGUCCUGUCUCUCCAACAAGAUCAAAGCCAGAAGCACUGAUAGACAGCAUUAAAAGCCUCUGUGACAGAAUAGACAAGGUAGUCAGCCCUAAGAAGCCUGGAGUCAAAUUAACAGAGGAUCUACUUGAUCGGGUAAAUAGACGGAUGAUGAAGAUUAAGUCAGGACUUGACUUAAUAAAAAGCGAGGGGACUGAACCCACUUCAAAACAAGUACAUUUCCCACCCAUCUCAGAGACCGUGCAGCUCACAGAAAGUAAAUUCAAGCCACACCCGCCUCUCAUUAGAGGUGGAUCUGCUCAUGACCAACUCUCUUACAGGACUGCAUAUUUGGACCAGACUAUGUCAAAAUAUAGGUGUGUGCUCAAGCUUCAGCAGAGAGACACAUUACAAGGCAGUGUCCUGACACCAGUUCCCCCAAACACCCUGCCAGGCAUGGAGGGGUCUCAGCAAACACUGGACCAUGUACACUUGCCACCCAUAAAUGAUAAGGUGCAUCGCCCAGAUCAUCAGAACCAUUCAAAGUUUCAGCAGAGAGACACCUUAAAAGGCGGUGUCCUCACACCAGUUCCACCAAACACCCUGCCAGCUAUGAAGACCUCGCCACACAUGCAGCUGAACCAGACUAGGUCCAAAUAUGGGCGUGUGCUUAAGACUCAGGAGAGAGACACAUUAAAGGGCAGUGUCUUCACUCAAAUUCCUCCAAACACCCUGUCAGACACGAAGGGGUCUUGGCAAAGACCGGACCAUGUACACUUGCCACCCAUCAAUGAUAAGGUGCAUUGCCCACAUCAUCAGACCCGUUCAAAGUUUCAGCAGAGAGACACCUUAAAAGGCGGUGUCCUAACACCAGUUCCACCAAACACCCUGCCAGCUAUGAAGACCUCGUCACACAUGCAGAUGGACCAGACUAUGUCCAAAUAUGGGCGUGUGCUCAAGCUUCAGCAGAGAGACACAUUACAAGGCAGUGUGUUGACACCAGUUCCACCAAACACCCUGCCAGGCAUGGAGGGGUCUCAGCAAACACCGGACCAUGUACACUUGCCACCCAUCAAUGAUAAGGUGCAUCGCCCACAUCAUCAGACCCGUUCAAAGUUUCUGCAGAGAGACACCUUAAAAGGCAGCUUCCUUCCACCGUGUCAACCAAACACACUACCAGCUUUGAAGACCUUACCACACAUUCAGCUCCCGGCUAGUACAGUCAAGCACGGGUAUAAAAUCACAUCAAAGUAUGUACCUUUACCACCCAUCUCUGAUAAGCUCACCACAGACUGUACUAACACUAGAAGGAGCUCAUCAAGAUUAAUCAGGAAAGGCAUUAAAAGGUGAGGUUCUCUCACUAUUUCCGACAACUGCAACCACCAUUUCCAAUCACUGGCAGCAUGAAGGGUGAUUGUGUGGGUUUUGUCCAGGUGAUCUGGUUUCCUUAAACAAUUGUAUAGGUUUUCUCCGGGUGAACCGGUUACUCCCACCAUUAAAAUCAAUAAAUAAA